UCCUGCAGAGUGUCAUGUCCAGCGGCGAGGCUCUGACUCCGGCUAAAACAGGCGCUGUGGGCUCCGCCAUCUUCCAUCUCCAUGACAACGGCACCCUGGACUACCAGGUGCAGGUGGUGGGCGUGGCCAGCAAGGUGAUUGGCGUGACGCUGGAGCUGAAACCACGGCGACGGAGCAAGCGCAGCAUGCUCUACGAGCUGAUGGAGGGCUGGGGGGCGGAGCCUGGCGUGGGCGGGGGGAGGGGCCAGGGCAGCGUGGGUCGUCUGGAAGCGCGGCAUAUCCACAUGCUUCUGCAGAACGAGCUGUUCGUCAACGUCGCCACGGAAACCCACGCCGACGGCGAGGUCAGGGGCCAGGUGGUCUCGCUGCUGUACAACGGCCUGGAGGCCCACAAACACGAGAUGCCCGUGCCCCUGGCGGGUCAGCUGGUGAGCCCCCCCAUCAGCACCAGUGCGGGCGGGCACGCGUGGCUGGCACUAGACGAGAGGUGCCACCUGCACUACGAGAUCCUCGUCAGCGGACUCAGCCGGAGCGACGACCUGUCCGUCAACGCCCACCUCCACGGAUUGGCUGAGAUCGGAGAGAUGGACGAAUCAAGCACCAAUCAGAGGAGGCUGCUCACCGGGUUCUAUGGCUCACAGGCUGAGGGGGUGUUGAGAGACCUGAGUGUGGACCUCCUGAGGCAUCUGGACCAGGGCACGGCCUUCAUCCAGAUCAGCACCAAACUCAACCCAAGCGGAGAGAUACGAGGACAGGUUCAUGUACCCAACAGUUGUGAGUUUGGUUCCCGUGGCGAUGUGGUGGAGGAGGCGGAGUUUGAUGACCUGGUGUUUGUGCGUGACCCUGAGGAGCUCCGGAAAGAUCCGCUCACCUGCUUCUUCGAGGGCGAGCAUCACACACACGGCUCACACUGGACCCCGCAGUACAACGCCUGCUUCAACUGCAGCUGCCAGAAGCGCACUGUCAUCUGUGAUCCGGUCAUCUGUCCUGCUCUCUCCUGUCCACACACACGCCAGACAGAGGACAAAUGCUGCCCCGUGUGUGAUGAGAGGAAAGACAUCGGAGCUCCUGAGAAAGCUGAGGAGAACCCAGAGGGUUGCUACUUUGAGGGUGAUCAGAAGAUGCACGCCCCUGGGACGUCCUGGCACCCCUUUGUCCCGCCCUUCGGCUACAUUAAAUGUGCUGUUUGCACCUGCAAGGGUUCCACGGGGGAGGUGCACUGUGAGAAGGUGACAUGCCCGCUCCUCACCUGCAGCCGGCCAAUCAGACGCAACCCCACGGACUGCUGCAAGGCGUGUCCGGCGGAGGCCCCGCCCCAGGAGGAGGAGCUUAUGCAGGGGGACGGCCCCCGCUCCUGUAAGUUUGGGCGGAGCUUCUACCAGCACAGCGAGCGCUGGCACCCAAGGGUGCCCCUGGUGGGAGAGGUGAAGUGCAUCACCUGCUGGUGUGACCACGGCGUGACCAAGUGUCAGAGGAAGCAGUGUCCUGUGCUCAGCUGCACUAAUGUCGUCCACCCUGAUGGCAAGUGCUGCCCAGAAUGUGAAGGCGCUCUCUCUAAGGAGGAAGAGGAGGCCCUCGCCAAGGUCCCCGACAAGAGGAAGAGCUGGAGACACUGACCCUCCUCCGUCCGUUCCUCUUCUCCAUCCCUCCAUCCCUCUCCUCCUCCGUCCACUGCCCCUCUCCAUCCCUCCAUCCCUCUCCUUUCGUCCCCCACUCUGCACAGGAGGACGCGAUGAACAGAGGAUGAACGGAAUGGAAGAGGGAAGGACGGCAUGUAAGAGACACACGAAAAAGAGGA